AUGAUCGAAUUAUCAUUGAUGGUAUUAGAAGAAAGAGUUAAUUAAUCUGGAAAGAAGAUCUGUUAAAAGUUAAAGGAAAAUAUUCCAUAAUAUAUAUUCAUAUUUGAUUUAAUUUAUACAAUUUUGAUGGGUUAAUGAUAUUAGAAGAAAAGAGAAAAAAAAUGUAACUGUUAAAUGUUAUGGAGGAUAUUUUACAAUAAAGAAGAAGUUAUUGGAUAAAUAAAAGGAAGGAAAGUACAAAAUGAGAGAAGUUUUUAGAGUUACUUUUAGAAAAGAUAUGUUCUUUAGUGUAUUCAAAGAUGAUUGA